AUGGAAGAUCAAUUUGAAAGCCAAUCAUCAAAAAUCAACUUUUAUUUAGACAAAAUGUGGUUGCUGUGUGAAAAUGCUGGUUGUCUUAAAUGGAGAUUGUUAUCAAAAAAGGAUGCUUCACAAUUUGAUCUUAACAGACCUUGGUACUGCAAUUUAAGUCCAGAUCCUCACUUUAAUGAUUGUUCUGUUCCCGAAGAACAUUUUCCUGAUGAGUCACAAUUCUUUCAAAAUGGUAUAAGGAUUCUUCACUCAACAGUUACUAUGGGAAGCUUAGUUAAUGCAAAGCUACAUCCAUGGCCUUGGUGGCCUGGGAUACUUUGCCCUGAUCCUGUUAGUGGUGAAGAAAUAAUUUAUAAUGGACAUAAAAAGUACUACCAUGUUGAAUUUCUUGGUAAACCACAUACUCAUGCAUUGGUGUCAUUAGAGAAUGUAAUUCCGUUUAAUGAUUCAUUUAAGCCACAAAGUGUAAAGUUAAAAACGCAGUGGCUUAAAAGUGCACUAGAAGAAGCAAAAGAAAAAUAUGCAUUUUCCUGUGAGCAAAGAAUGGAUAUGUGCCACAUAACAAAAGCUUACAAAGAGAAAGUAGAAAGUAACCCACAGCGUGUCAGAACUUUGGAAAUUACAGCAACAGCUCCUGAGAACUGCGUGAAUAAAAAUACUAAACCUGUGACUUAUCCGGACAGUGUGAAGCCACUUACUAACAAGAUGCGUGGUGAGGCCUAA